AUGGACAUGGAAAAUGGGAUCACCAUACAGAUUGGAGAAAUACAUUUCAAAGUGAUGAAGAAUAGCAAACAACCUGCUUUAUUAGCCCAGAGAAACGCUUCUCCUCUACAUCUUCUACAGCGCUUCUCCUCUUCAUCUUCUACAGCGCAUCCCGUCUUCAUCUUCUACAGCGCUUCUCCUCUUCAUCUUAUACAGCGCUUCUCCUCUUCAUCUUCUACAGCGCUUCCCGUCUUCAUCUUCUACAGCGCUUCUCCUCUACAUAUUCUACAGCGCUUCUCCACUUCAUCUUCUACAGCGCUUCUCCUCUACAUCUUCUACAGUGCCUCUCCUCUUCAUCUUCUACAGCGCUUCUCCUCUUCAUCUUCUACAGCGCUUCUCCUCUUCAUCUUCUACAGUGCUUCUCCUCUUCAUCUUCUACAGCGCUUCCCGUCUUCAUCUUCUACACGCAUCCCGUCUUCAUCUUCUACAGCGCUUCUCCUCUUCAUCUUCUACAGCGCUUCUCCUCUUCAUCUUCUACAGCGCUUCCCGUCUUCAUCUUCUACAGCGCUUCUCCUCUACAUCUUCUACAGUGCUUCUCCACUUCAUCUUCUGCAGCGCUUCUCCUCUACAUCUUCUACAGUGCCUCUCCUCUUCAUCUUCUACAGCGCUUCUCCUCUUAAUCUUCUACAGCGCUUCUCCUCUUCAUCAUCUACAGCUCUUCUCCUCUUCAUCUUCUACAGUGCUUCUCCUCUUCAUCUUCUACAGCGCUUCCCGUCUUCAUCUUCUACACGCAUCCCGUCUUCAUCUUCUACAGCGCUUCUCCUCUUCAUCUUCUACAGCGCUUCUCCUCUUCAUCUUCUACAGCGCUUCCCAUCUUCAUCUUCUACAGCGCUUCUCCUCUACAUCUUCUACAGCGCUUCUCCUCUUCAUCUUCUACAGCGCUUCUCCUCUACAUCUUCUACAGUGCCUCUCCUCUUCAUCUUCUACAGCGCUUCUCCUCUUCAUCUUCAACAGCGCUUCUCCUCUUCAUCAUCUACAGCGCUUCUCCUCUUCAUCUUCUACAGUGCUUCUCCUCUUCAUCUUCUACAGCGCUUCCCGUCUUCAUCUUCUACACGCUUCCCGUCUUCAUCUUCUACAGUGCUUCUCCUCUUCAUCUUCUACAGCGCUUCUCUUCAUCUUCCACAGCGCUUCUCCUCUUCAUCUUCCACAGCGCUUCUCCUCUUCAUCUUCUACAGCGCUUCUCCUCUUCAUCUUCUACAGCGCUUCUCUUCAUCUUCCACAGCGCUUCUCCUCUUCAUCUUCCACAGCGCUUCUCCUCUUCAUCUUCCACAGCACUUCUCCUCUUCAUCUUCCACGGCGCUUCUCCUCUUCAUCUUCUACAGCGCAUCUCCUCUUCAUCUUCUACAGCGCUUCUCCUCUUCAUCUUCUACACGCUUCUCCUCUUCAUCUUCUACAGCGCUUCUCCUCUUCAUCUUCUACAGCGCUUCUCUUCAUCUUCCACAGUGCUUCUCCUCUUCAUCUUCUACAGCGCUUCUCCGCUUUAUCUUCUACAGCGCCACAGGUAGCAGGGCAGCUGUGUCCAGAGUGGGAGGACUUCAGGCUACUGUGUACCGCAGGGCAUAUGAUAGAGACUGCAGACAAGGUGAGUAG